UUAAUUAUGUGUAUUCAAUAAGAAUAAGUGAGCAUCUAUUAAGUCAGUAUUUUUUUGCCAACCGAUUGGUAUUAAAUGCUGUUCAAGAUGAAGAGAAAGGAAAGAAAACAGAGAAAGAAGAAAAAACAGACAAAGAGAACGAAUUAGAGAAAGAAAAAAAAAAUUUGGACGUAAAAGACCAAGAAAUAUCUUCUUAUAUUAAAACGAAUGAUAUAAUACUAUCCAACAUAAUAAUAGAUAAGAAAGAAAAAAAAAAAAAAAGUGAUGCCAAGCAAAUACUUCCUUUUUAUAUAUGGAGAUUCUUUUUAAAAAAUAUACAAUUUAAUGUGAAGGAUGAAAAUGUAUUAAAUACUUUACUUCCAGUUAAUAUAAUUAAAAUAAUCAAUGGAUUAAUUUUUUAUAAAAUUAUGGAUAAAAAAUUUAUAGAAAUAAUUAUGACUAGAAUUGAAAAUGAAUAUUCAUCUAAGGGAUUCCACAUAAAUACCACAAGAAAUAGAAAUAAUAAAUAUAAUAAUAAUAAGAAGAAGAAUAAUAGCGAAUUAACUCAUAAUAUACAUGUAGAUAAUAAAUCCAUUGAAAUAAAAAAAAAUAAUAAUAAUAUGUGUAAAACAAUCAGAAGUAGUGAUAAAUAUUCUGUUAAGAAAGAAAAAGAAAAGUUUAAUUUUAUUUGUCUUAAUACACUCUUGAAUUAUAUGAGUCAUACAAAUGAUAUACAAUAUUAUAAUAUAAAAAUUGAUUUAAUAAAGAUGAUAAAAAAUAUUAUAUUUAAAGAAGAAAAA